AUGGGGGACGUACGUUUGAGUUUUGAAGAACGUAAGCAGGUUAUUAAGUGGUACUGGAAGUUUGAGAAUGUAAAUGAAGUUCAAAGACAGUGGAGAAGGGAGUAUGAUACAGAACCACCUUCAAGAUUAACAAUUACACGCAUACGAGACAAAUUCGAAGUUCAUGGAACAGUGUGUGAUGUGCAUAAAGGUCAUUCAGGUCGGCCUCGAAAAGCUACAAGUGAUGAGUCAUCAACGGCAGUCUUGGAACUGUUUCAACGCUCUCCUAACAAAUCUUCAAGGCAAGGGGCACGUGAAAGUGAUGUAAGUGCUAGCAGCGUGCUACUCAUUCUGAAGAGAGGCAAGUAUCGUGUUUACAUUCCAAGGCUGGUGCAACAGCUAAAUGACGACGAUCCAGAUCGAAGGUUGCAAUUUUGUGAAUGGAUUCAGGAGAUGGUGAUACGUGAACCGGGAUUUAUGGGUAGCAUCAUUUGGUCGGAUGAAGCCCAAUUCAAACUUAAUGGAACUGUCAAUAGGCACAAUUGUGUUUACUGGGGUGAAGAAAAUCCUCACAUUACAAUUGAAAAAGCUGUAAAUUUGCCUGGUAUAAAUGUGUGGUGCGGUUUGUCUUCAAGGGGACUCAUUGGACCUUUUCGAUUUGAAGGCACUGUAACUGGUAUUAAUUACCUAACAAUGCUUGCUGAUUCCAUAUUUCCUGCCAUUCGUGCAUUAUACGGUAAUGAUGAUUUUUAUUUUCAACAAGAUGGUGCUCCGCCGCAUUAUCACAGGGACGUACGAGCUUACCUGGAUCAAAAUUUGUCGGGCUAG